GAGAAGUGCGCUUUGAACCUGUUCUGUCGACUGUCUCCUCUGGAUGUAUGCGCAAAUAGCGGGAAUUUACACAGAUUUACGUUUCGGAGACCCACACAUUCAUUUCUUACUACAUCUUUAGCCUAUUUAAUUCCAGUAACCCUUAAUCCUCGGAUCUGCGAUGGCAAAUGGAUGUGUCCAAGUCUUCGCUUGCAUUUUAGCGUCCGUAGGACUUGUCUGCCUGAUUACAUCAACGUGUGUGAAUGAAUGGAAAACCAACGGAUACACAAACGAGGGGGUGAACUCGUUCAAGGAGUACGUCGGGCUCUGGAUGAAGUGCUCAGUGCAUGUGACUCAACUCGAAUGCACUGUGUUCGACUCACUUGAGUCAGUUCUCUACCAACGUGGGGAGAUCCAGUGGACCAGGGCCAUGAUGAUCAUCAGCAUCAUUCUGUCAGUGUGUGGGUUAACUGUGGCCGUGUUGGGCAUGAAGUUCACACUGUGCCUAGAUGUAGAUAAGCAGGUGAAAAACAAGGUGGCGUUCGUUGGAGGGAUCCUUCUCAUUUUGUCAGGGGUUUGUGCAUUGGGAAUAGUGUCUUGGUAUGCCAAUGGUGUGAUUACAAAUUUCCAUAAUCCUAAACCAGAAGAAAAAAGGUACACCCUGGGCAAGUGCCUGUUUUUGGGUUGGGGAGGAGCUCUCCUGUCCUUCAUAGGAGGGGCGCUUCUGGCCUGCUGUAGUUUGUCACGUUCCGCUUCACGCAGAAGCUAUGCAUCGCCACCUCCAGUCCCGAUGACCUCUGAAAAAGACUAUGUGUAGGAAUCCCACAGAACAUCCCACGGGACGAGCUUGGUGCCAUUCACGGUGCUCCUUUACAGCCAGACCACAACACGGUACUCUCUCAGCUGAUGGUGGAUUUGUUGUCACGUGUCAAAUACAACCACUGACAUUCUCCAUACACUAACCAACAUUGAGGCUUACAGACAUUAGCCUCAGUAAAACAGUAUUUAAUGAUAAUGAUCAACCUGUAACAAAUGAAGGAUACUUUUAUUAAAAUGUUGCAGCUGUCAGCGAACCAUGUUGUCAAAUGGAAUAAUAUUUGUCUAUUAAUUUGCUUAUCGUGUUUUUCUUUUUUUAAUAAUCAGUGUACUUGGAGUGGUAAUUUUACUCAAUGAUUACCUUCAGGUUAUCUUUGCUAAUUAACUUACAUGUGUGCCUGUUAUGAAGAAUUCGAAAUAAUGUGUUGGUUUGCAGAUGUUAGUUUAUUUUGAAAAAAAUUCUGCGGGUAUUUUUUACUUAUUUAUUUAGGAAAUAGACAAGGAAUGAAAUGUAGAUGUAGAUGUCUUUUUGUUAUUUAGAGCACUGCUGCAAAUGAUAUAAGUGCCUCAAAAAGUCAUUGUCUUGUCCUUGUUUCAAAUGUUUUAGUAAUUUAGUAUUUACAGUAGGAGGAACAUAACUUGAUCUAUGGACAUAUAGUUAGUGUGUCCCUUUCUCUGAAGAAAAAACGUAUAUUUAAAUUAUGAUGAUGUACAAUACUACUAUUUUUGUAUUAGUCUUGUGCAGAGCCGGACAGUAACGGAGUACAUUUACUUGAGUACAGUACUUGAGUACAAUUUUGAGGGAUCUGUACUUUA